CAAGUUUCUGACCUUCUUAUUUCCCCCCUCCUUUUAUCAGUCUCAUCACCAGCAGUGGCGGCGGAAACGGCGACACCUCAACUCAGACUCUUCAGUCCUCACCACCACACCGGCAGCUUUCUGCUUCAAACUAGAACCAGAUCACCGGUCGUCUAGUUUUACGCAAUACUCGCUAGAAUCAGAACCGAAACUUCCGCUUCUAUUACCAACAAAGAAAAGGGCUAUUGAAUAUUGGAUUAUUUAACCUCCAUCUUGAAUCGUAGAAUUGGUGAAGGGCAAAUGGCGUCAGGCGAGGGAUUUCUUACUGAUGAACAAAGGGAAAUGCUGAAAAUAGCGAGUCAGAAUGUAGAGACUGCUUUACCAUCUCCAAGAUUGUCAUCAUCCCCGAAAUCUCCAACGUCUUUGCUUUUGGAUCAUCAAUUAAAGGUUCAUGCUGGUGGCAAGGCGCCUACUGGUGGUAUUGCUGUGAGGCAUGUCCGUCGGUCUCACUCAGGAAAGUGCCUUCGUGUAAAGAAGGAUGGUGCUGGUGGUAAGGGUACAUGGGGGAAACUCCUUGAUACAGAUGGGGACUCACAUAUUGAUCGGAAUGAUCCCAACUAUGACAGUGGAGAGGAACCAUAUCAACUUGUUGGGUCAACCAUUUCUGAUCCCCUAGAUGAUUACAAAAAAGCUGUUGUUUUGAUUAUAGAAGAAUAUUUUAGCACCAGUGAUGUGGAAUUGGCUGCAUCUGACCUUAAAGAUCUUGGCUCUAAUGAUUAUCAUCCUUAUUUCAUUAAAAGGCUUGUCUCCACGGCCAUGGACAGGCAUGAUAAAGAGAAGGAAAUGGCCUCAGUUCUGCUUUCUUCACUUUAUGCUGAUGUCAUCAGCCCACCCCAUAUUCGGGAUGGUUUUGUGAUGCUUCUCGAAUCUGCUGAUGACCUUGCUGUGGAUAUACUGGAUGCAGUUGAUAUCCUUGCUCUGUUCAUAUCUCGUGCUGUGGUCGAUGAGAUACUGCCUCUGGCUUUCAUCACAAGGGCAAAGAAGACACUUGCUGAAUCUUCCAAGGGAUAUCAGGUUCUCCAAACUGCUGAGAAGAGCUAUCUCUCAGCUCCCCACCAUGCCGAACUUUUGGAAAGGAGGUGGGGUGGUAGCACUCAUGUUACAGUUGAGGAAAUGAAGAAAAAGAUUGCUGAUCUUUUAAGGGAGUAUGUCGAGAGUGGUGAUACGUUUGAGGCAUGUAGGUGUGUUAGGGAGUUAGGUGUUUCAUUCUUUCAUCAUGAGGUUGUUAAGAGAGCAUUGGUUCUAGCUAUGGAAAUUCAAACAGCUGAACCACUUAUGCUGAAACUCUUGAAGGAAGCAGCUGAGGAAGGGUUGAUAAGUUCAAGUCAAAUGGUGAAAGGCUUUUCUCGGUUAGCAGAGAGUCUUGAUGAUAUUGCUCUAGAUAUUCCGUCUGCAAAAACAUUGUUUCAGUCAAUUGUUCUCAAAGCUAUUUCUCAAGGAUGGCUUGAUGCAUCAUUCACAAAAUCCUCUUAUGAUGAUGGAGAGACUCUAAAUGAAGACAAAAAAUUGAGCCAGUACAAGAAGGAGAUUGUAACUAUAAUUCACGAGUAUUUUCUCUCUGAUGAUAUUCCUGAACUCAUUCAAAGUCUUGAAGAUCUAGGGUUGCCUGAAUUUAAUUUGAUUUUCCUAAAGAAGCUUAUCACUCUUGCCAUGGACAGGAAGAACAGGGAGAAAGAAAUGGCUUCUGUUUUGCUCUCUGCUCUACACAUCGAGAUUUUUUCUACGGAAGAUAUCGUGAAUGGUUUUGUCAUGCUUCUUGAGUCAGCAGAAGACACUGCCUUAGAUAUUCUGGAUGCCUCUAAUGAGCUUGCUCUUUUCUUGUCUAGGGCAGUCAUUGAUGAUGUGUUGGUUCCACUGAAUCUUGAAGAGAUAACCAGCAAGCUGCCUCCAAAUUGCAGUGGAAGUGAGACUCUGAGGAUGGCUCGAUCACUUAUAACUGCACGUCAUGCUGGGGAGAGGCUCCUUAGGUGCUGGGGAGGUGGAACUGGCUGGGCCGUGGAGGAUGCGAAAGACAAGAUAAUGAAACUCCUGGAGGAGUAUGAAAGUGGGGGCGUUGUGGCUGAAGCUUGUCAGUGUAUCCGUGACCUUGGAAUGCCGUUCUUCAACCAUGAGGUGGUGAAGAAAGCACUGGUGAUGGCCAUGGAGAAGAAAAACGAUAGGAUGCUGGACCUGCUGCAGGUGUGUUUCAAUGAAGCUCUAAUCACUAUCAACCAGAUGACCAAAGGCUUCACCAGGGUCAAAGAUGGACUCGAUGACCUAGCUCUGGACUUUCCAAAUGCCAAGGAAAAAUUCAGUUUCUAUAUGGGGUUUGCCCAAAAGAAAGGUUGGCUACUACCGUCGUUCGGGUCUUCUACAACCGAAUCACUGCCCACCGCCGCAGCCUCUUGAGAAGGAAACAUUCAAAUCUCGAGUUUCUCAUGUAUGGUGUUGAGGCUCCAGUACUUGUUUGUUCUUAGCAGUCAUCCAUAGCAGAUGAGAUAGAUAGGAUUAGAUGUGGGAUGUUUGGAUUCCUUAUGAUGUUUAAUUUUAAUGGUGUCAUCUGAUGGAGAUUCUUAUGAUCCCAGUCGGAGCUAACCAUUGUAUAAAGUUGGUUGUAUUUCUUUUAAACUGAAAUAGCUUCAAGCUCAUGUCACAACCAGCAGCAUGUUAGGUGUUGCUUGCAAUGUAUGGUGGUUAGAAUGGUGCUAUUUACUU